UUCCUCCACAACCGGCUACAUUUGAACCUUAACACGAUGCUGUAUUCUUUAUGGAAUCGAUGAGGAUUCCAUACUCUUCUCGAGCAUAUCGUUUGAAUGCUCCUAUAUUUGCAAGAGAUGGCAAGAGCAGAGAUGAGCUCUCUCAUGUGAAAAAGUGGGAGCGAGACAAAUGUUUUUCAAGAUUGUGGUUUUGAAGAUGCUAUUUGAAUCUUGAAUUUCCGAAUCCUAAUCCUAAUCCUAAUCCAUAACAGUUUUAUGAUUUAAGGAGGAAUAAAAUGGGGGUUACAUUAAUGGAGUUUGGGAAUCAUAUGAGGAAAGGUGUGAUGUAUCCAAUUAGAGGGUGUUUGCAUCAUCCAUUUCUUGUGUUUAUUGUGUGUGGGAUGAUAUUCAUUUCAAGGGCAUUUCCUUUAAUGACGCCCUUGUUGCUUUCGGUCUCUCCGGUUGUAGUCUGCGUGGCCGUGUUGCUCGGAACCCUAUUGUAUUAUGGGCAGAAGAGCAUACACGAGACUGAGAAAGAAAUGAAGUCCAAAUACGAGGGCGUAAAUCACAAAUUUAUCAAUGAUAAUAAUGCUAGUGUUGUUGAGAAGGAUGAGAAGCAUUUUAUUGAGAAAUGUGGUGAGAGUGUUGAGAGGAAGUUGAGCGUGGAUUCGAGUUUGUUAGGGCGUAACCUAGGUGAGAUUCGUGUAGGCGGAGACGGAUUGAGUAAGGGGGUUAGUGUAGGCGUAGAUGGAUCAAGUGAGAUUGAGUCGGAGAGUAGCGAGAGUGGGGAGGAGAGCGAGGGGUUCGGCGAUCAUCGGGUUCACACGGGGAAGGGUGAGGGGUCGAGUGAGGAGAAGGAGAGGGAGGGAGAGGGGACUGGUGAUGGUGAUGGGGAAGUGAUGGCUGAUCACUAUGCUAUAAUCUCUAAAGUGAUGGGUGAGCUACUAGAAUCAGAGUCGGACCACGAGAAAUCUGAGGGGGAUUCGUGCGAUUCCGAGGGAGGGAACGUAGAGGAUCACCGCGAGGAUGACGAAGAAGGAGAGGGAAAAGGUUCGGCCUCGGGGUCCGAGAGCUUGUCUCCGGAUGAUGCCUCGAUCGAUGGCACAAUACCAACGAGGCUCCACGAGCUCCACCCCUUUUUGGACGAGGACGCUCCGCAGCCUGCUCAGAUGUCUCAUGCCAAGUCCGAGACGUCCCUAAACGAGCGAUCUCCGGGAUCAAGCAUCAGCAGCAUUGAGUCGGCUGAUGAGACUGAUGUUCAAGAAUCGGAGGCUGUAGAUGAUGAAGACGAUGAUGACAACACAGAGGAUCACACCAAGUCUGUCAUCACUUGGACAGAGGAGGAUCAGAAGAAUCUGAUGGAAGUUGGAAAUUCGGAAAUCGAAAGGAAUCAACGGCUGGAGAGGAUUUUAACGAGGAGAAGGAAUCGGAGCAUGAUCCCGGAGAUAAACUUUAUGGAGUUAGAAAACUCCGAUUUUCAGUUCCAAGUCGCUCCUAUUUCCACAGCAAGACGGAAUCCGUUUGAUCUGCCUGAGGACUCAGUCCCCGGCUCGGCUCCUUCAGUUUUAUCACAACGAAGCAAGAAUCCUUUCGAGUUACCGGAUGACUUGAUUGAAGAGGAUCUGAAAGAAAUGGGGGACGAGUCUCGAGUAGAGAUUAAGCCUUCACUAACUCGAAAACCCUUCCUUAGAAGGCGCGACAAUUUCUCUGCAAUGCCCUCGAUCUUUUCCCCGAAUAGGCUAGAGAGGCGUCCGGUGAAGAUAAGGCCCUUCUUCGUUGCAGAAAGGGCGAUUGCAGAUGAGGCGGGCUACUCACCGUAUAAACGGCAAGCAAGCAGGAAGAGCUCUAGUUCGGAGGAAACAGAAUCGGUUGGGUCGGUCGAGUAUAUUGAAGACGAGGCAGAAGAAGAUCCGGAAUAUGAUCAUGAACCGGAUGAUGAUCAUGAGAGUGCUGAUAUGAGGGGGGCAGUGGACGAUGUUCCGAACAGGUGGCCUGUGUACGACACCGACACCGACACAGGCCCAACUGCCGCGGCUCGACUGGAAGUAGGGCAUUCAGAUGAUGAAGGAAUGCAGGUGCGAGAUACUCAGUCUGCUCAUUAAGAAAUACGCGUUGACAUCUAUGGAUUCAUGAGGGGCGAGCGUACAGGCAAAAUACAAGAUUAAUCUCUAGGCAAGGAGUUGAGGAUAAACGAACAACGCAGCAUUGCUGCUGAAAACUGUUGUGAGAAAGGCUAAAAGACAGAAUGAUUUUGGCUUGAUUUCUUGAGUUUUCAUAUUGUAUUUGUACGCAGUUGUUCGAAUGCAUGUUAAGAAUUAGAAUGCGCUGUCGAGUCGUUUGAAAUGGUAAUAGUCUCGCCUACGUGUGGCGUGGUAUUUUCUACUUUGUGCGCCGUUGGCGCAUACAUGAAAAUGCACGUAAUACGCACAGAGUGUAUUUUAUUAUGCAAUAUAUAAUUAAAGUAAAUAUAAUUGGAU